UGAUCGGUGCCCGUCUAUUUUCAAUAGGUUGUAUUACAUACGUUUAGAGUCAGGAGCAAGAUGAAAAUUUCUGAAGUUUUGGAGGCAUUUAACAUAACAGCUCACCUUGUCCAUGUUUCUGAGUCUGUGUCAAUAUUAGAGUUUUGAUUGAUUCAUCUUCCCGAUAAUGCCACAGAUUCGAACACUGUGCAGAAUUCGUCCGUCUGCUGAAUACUACCCAGAAUUUGAGGCAAGUCGGAAUACCUUAUAUCUAAGGGUUCCAGAGGUCCUGAGAGAAAACUGGACAGAAGGGGUCCGAGGAAAGGCAAAUGUCAGCCAUGAAUUCCACUUUGAUUAUAUAUUUAAGAACACUGCUACACAGGAGGAAGUGUUUGAUGUGGCAGCUAAGGAUAUCAUAUCAGGUUUUUUGAGCGGGUAUAAUGGUACCAUCUUUGCCUAUGGUCAGACAGGAACAGGGAAGACCUUUACUGUGGAGGGUAGUCCUAAACAGUACAAAUUAAGGGGACUGGAACCCAGGUCUAUCUCCCUGAUUUACAAAGAGCUUGAGAAGAGAACAGAAGAGGAUAUAAGUGUUCACAUUUCAUACCUGGAAAUCUACCAGGAGACAGGAUAUGAUCUUUUGAACCCAGGAGCCAGAACUCAGUCUGCUGUGACUCCAUUCCCUAGGGUUUCUGUGAUGGAGGGUACCCAGGGUGUAUGGAUGGUGAAGAACCUCUCUGUACACUAUGCUGCCACUGAGGAGGUGGCACAGAACCUUCUUCUCCAGGGUCAGGCAAACCGCCGUGUGGCUGCAACCACUGUCCAUGACAGGUCCUCAAGGUCACAUGCGGUAUUCACCAUUCAGCUGAGUGCAAAAAGAUCGGACUCAGAUGUGGUAGUCAAGUCUAAACUACACCUGGUGGAUUUAGCCGGAUCUGAGAGAGUGUCUAAGACUGGUGUGCAGGGCAGCUUGCUGAACGAAGCCAAGUGUAUUAAUUUGUCCCUCCAUUACCUGGAGUCAGUAAUCAUUGCCCUACAAGGAGAAUCUGUAAACAAUAACAAAAGGGGAAGAAUUAGCAGUGCUGGCCAGCAGAGGGGGCGCUCCAAGACCAGAGAUAACGGUAGACCCAGUACUGCUGAGGGAUUAUCAAGAGGUCCUCGCCAUGUCCCAUACAGGAACUCCCUCCUUACCAUGGUCCUCAGGGACAGUCUGGGUGGGAAUUGUAUGACUUGUAUGAUUGCUACAAUUUCACUGGAAUAUCGUAACCUUGGGGAGACUCUUUCCACUUGUCGAUUUGCUGGCCGUGUGGCCUGUAUAGCUAACAGUGUCAAGAGAAACGAAGAGGUUGAUGAAAAAGCAUUAAUUAAGAAACUCAGGAAAAGAGUUGCAGAACUUGAGAGUGAACUGUCAUGUCUGUUAAUGGCAAAGGAAGAUGUCCAGUUUAGUUUAGAGAUGAUGAAUGCCAAACUUACAGAUGAAGACAAAAUUCAGUGCAAUAAAGUUAUUAAGUCAUACUUAGAUGGAAAAGUAGCAGAUCCAGUCAGUGAAGGCAUAACAAAUCCAUACAAAUUUCGAGAGUGUAUGAAGAUUCUGAAGAAGAUGAUACUAGAAGGUUACUACAAUAGUGCUAAUCCGGACGAUGUGCCAAAUUACUAUGAAACUUCUGAGGAGGUGAACGCUGAGAUCAGAGCAAGCUCCACCCCAGAAAAGGAUGCUCAGGUGCUCAGAGUACACCAUAGACAAAGAAAUGAUGAGAAAACGGUACAGAUUCCAAUACCCACUCGAAGUGCUUGGGGGGAGGAGACUUAUACUGCUGAAGCGGAACAACCAAUGAGACGGCCCCAUCAUAGACAGAGGCGGAGAUACAACCAGGCCCCGGACACGGAUGAUGAGGGUCUUAGGACUGCAGGGGACAGUGAUAUAGAACCAGCCCCUCCCAAGCAGCCAGCUGAUAAUCUCUCCACUAUCCUGAGACAAACUAGAAGCAGGAAGAAAUACAAGUCUCCAUUUGAGAAACGGAGAAUUAAGGAGAUCAAGAAAUUAAACGAGAAAGUGGAGACCAUGCAGCAAACUCAGAUCAGUAAGGAGGGGGAACUAGUCAAGAUGAAGAUCAGCAUGGCUGAACAGGAGCUCAACCUGAUGGAGGAACAAGUCAGAACUAAACUGAAUGUGACAAAGGACCAGUUGGCUGAUCAGAAGGCAUACGUGCAGCAGCUGAAAUCUAUCGAGGCAGACAAAGAAGUUUUAGAGAGAGAGAAAAUUGUGGAGAAACAGUUACGCAAGAAAGAGGCAAAGGCCACCAAGAAGAUUGAGGUAAUAGAAGAAAAACGUAAACAGCUGAUCCAGCAUUCAGAGGAAGUGGACCAUGAACUGAACAAGGCGAAACCCACCAUCAGAGAACAGUACGGAAAGUAUCGCAAGAGGGACGGCAGUCUCAACACCAGACAGGUGUACGAUAUGUUAAAAUCAGAGGAGAAGAAACAGGGAAAGAUUCAAAAUCAGCUGGAGCAAGAGAGAAUGGUGAUGAUAAGCCAGCAGUUGGAAUUGAAAGAAGCUGCAACUCGACAAAAACUACGGGACUUCAAGGAAUUGCUCAGGAUGUCCCACUCUGCUGGGUUUCCUGAUGGUCAUGUUGGUCGUGACAAUGACCCAAGGGCAGUGACUGCCCCAGAUUAUGGGGAGGGCCCUGAAAGACUGAAAGCUAGAGAAGAAGUGGGACUUGAAGACAUGAAUGGCAGAGAUGGUAGCCCAGAAAGGACUGUGUACACUGCAGCUACAACUCACAUCAAUAACGGACUAGAAUCACGAGGCCUUCCGACUCGUGAAUCAAGGGCCAUAACUCAGAAGGAGGAUCCUGUGGACAGUCGGCCUGUUUCUCGUCAGAGUGUGAGGUCAACAAGGUCAUUAGUUCCUGAUAGUGAGUUCUAUGCUAAACGGAAGCAAGAGAAGGACCCCACUGCUCGCUGGGAGUCAUCCUACUCUAGACCCUCCACGGCUUGUAGUCAGAAACAGCCAGACAUUGACUUUAUUUACAUGCAGCCCAAAAAGAUGGAUGACAGUGAGGAAGAAAUGAAGUAUGGAUUAACUGAUGAUGUGAAAUCUGCAAGAGAGGAGUCUAGAAAAUCAACAGCCAGGACAAAGCCCCCUCGAGCACCAAGUCAUUCUUCUAAUAGAAUUGAGGAUGAUUUGGAGGACUAUGAAACACUUAUUCCAAGUGAAUAUGUUCAUGGAAUGGGAACUAAAGACAGAUUUGAUGGGAAAAAAAUGGGUCUUUCUUCCACAACUUUUGAUGCAGCAUUAGCUUCUAUGCUUGAGAAAGCUGGUGAUGAAAAUAUGUACUUCAGCCAUGACGAUUAUGACCAGUAUGCAAGUACAAACAAAACCCGCACUUAUGACAGAGAGAGUUCCCUGGAUAGGGAGUUGUAUGCAAUAUCUCAGAGAUCUCGCGAGAAUGACAUUCGAGCCAUUUAUGGUUCUCCCUUAAAGAGCAGCAAAAGCAUGCGCCAGAGUCGUCCCAAGACGAGACAGAAACCUAUUUAUCAUUCCGAUGAUGAAGACAUUGAUAUUAAACCACGAUCAAGUUUUUCUCCCGCCAGAGUCAAACGAGAUAAAUCUCUAGAAGACUGGGAGAGGCGAAUGUUACAGAAAAAUUCAGCCAGGAGUAGUCGUAAAAAUUCACCACUUAAAAAGAGUAAAUCCAAUAAUUUUACAUCGAAUCGAUAUUCUACAGAGAGUGAUGAUGAUCCCGUGAAAGAGGGGCCAAACAAUUACAAAAACUGGGGGCCACAAACAAAGCAUGCUUCAAUAGCAGGACGCUUGGCUAACUUCUCUAUACAGACCCCUACUCCUGCAGAUAAUGAUGUAAAUGGAGGGGAGUUCUAUUAUCCCUCAAGGACCAAUAGCCUAGUCAUAGAGGAGUCCAAAUUUAAAUCUGUUACCGCCGUCCCAGACGAUGAGGCAGAAAAUUCAUUUAUGGGAAAAGUUCAAGAGCAGCGAGAUCGGGUAAACAAAAUCCGACAAGUCAGAAAAUCUGCGGAAGUCAUACAGACAGCGUGGAGAAAGUAUCAAGAGAAAAAGAGACAUGCAAGGUGGUGAUUCGUGCGUUACUGUGACAUAUUGUGCCAAAAGUGGGAUGAUUUGUUCUGUUCAGGGAGAAAUGAUAUUAAUGACUUCCCAUUUAAUUGGAUUUUCUAAGGCAAUUUUAUAUUUUAUGUUUUGAAAGAUAAAAAAUUAUUUCAAACUGUGCUAUUUUUGAUACAUAAAUGCAAUCUGAUCAUAAGCAGAGGUAGGAAUACUUGAACAUACAUGUACUUGUUCAAUUAGUCAUUUAUAAAAUGCAUCUAAAGAGUUGUAAUUUGAAAGAGACAGGGUUAAAAAUUAAGAAUAUUCAUUUUUUUUUCUUUUUAUGGGUUGCAAAAUAAAUGGUAGAAAAUUUGUGUAGAAAUACAUACAUGAUAAAGGGAAAUGGAUUCAAGUAGAGAUACAUUGAAUUGGUAGAUAUGUAGCAGGCUGAUUUCCAGUGUGUGUAAAUUUGUCAAAGGUUUUUAUUAUUGAAAAAUAGCCACCAAAUUUCUACCAAGUUAAAAAUAUUUUGGCAAUCUGUUGUAACACCGGUUUCGCAUACUUAAAUAUUCUUGGAAAAAUACCUGGAAAGAAUUAUUAAACACAAUUAUUUAUCGUUAUUAUCCAGAAGAAUCAAAUGAAUAGCUGUAUUUCCACAAAGCUUGCCCAAAAUACUAAGUUAUAUAAGUUGUCUGUGAUAGAUAUAUAUAUAAUUUACAACCUUUAUUUUUAUGAAAGUCUUGAAUGUACAUAACGUAGAUAUAUAUUUUUUUAGAAUGUUUUAUAUUUUCAAGUAUGAGAGGAGUCUGUUGAAGUAUUAAUGUUCCAUGUUUUAUACAUUCCAUUAAGUAUUAUAGAAUUUUGUCAAUUAAGUGAUAAUCAAACUGUUUCCAAUAGAAUCUCCAUCAUUCUGUCCAUUUUAUAGUUUUUUCUCAAAAAGAAAUCUAGUUUACUUCCUGAUGAAUUAUAAAAACAAAUGCUGAUGUAAUAUUGUGUAUAUUUAGACAGAAACCAUUCUCUGAAUUAUCUUAGUUGUGGUGACAAUCUAGAGGAAAAUCUUCUGUCUCUAUUAUAAAAUUUCAAACAAUUUACU